GCGGGUUUUUCAAAAACGUUAACGUCAAUGUUGUUCGGCACAGUUAUGGAGUUAUACCAUGAAGGUUCAUUGUGUUGAGUAAAGACAAAGCUCACCUUUUAUUCCGACCCGUUGGAAUUGUUGACAUAUUCAAGAUGGAGUCGCCUGACCCUCUAAAGAAUAUGUCAAAUGUUGGAAAGUCCAGGCGCCGCAUUUCGAUUUUAAAAGCGCCACGGACAUCUGUCGAUUUUGCUGACCCAGAGCUUCUGGAAUCUCCGGUUGAAGUUGCCAUGCCUGUGGAAAAGAGGAAUUCAAGAAGAGUCAGUUUUGCACCUGCAACUGAUGUUCUGCUAUUUUCAAAGGAAAUUAGAAACAGCUCACCGGUCCGAAAACCUCUACAAGACAUAAGUGCCGCAAUUAAUCCUGACAACAGAAACCCUAUAGGUGUCAUUGAAAAGGGGAAACAACCAAUCGCUGACAUGGAGAACUUGUUGUACGCUCCUUUGCAAACUUCCCAACAAAGAAAGGAGGUAUCUAUGGUCAGCCAUGAUGCAGAAGAUCUCUUUGGAGAGAAGACGAUGAUGUUUUCUGCCCAUGAUGCCGAUUUAGAUGUUACACACAGUCACACUGUUGUGAUUACCAAUGAUUCGGACUUGCCCUAUCAAGAUGGUGAGAUGCUCCCUACCUGUGCGAACAUGGAUUUCUUAAUGUCCAUGGACAGGAGGAAAGCUGAGCCAUGUAUAUUGCCUAAAAUCUCAUCCUCGUCAGUGCGCCAUUUUGAUCCAGCAUUUGAAAAACUCCUAGCCAGCUUUUCUAAGCCAAGUUUGCCCAAGGACAAUUCUGUGCUGCACAAAGUGGAACAAAAUGUUCCACUGACAAUAAGUCAGACUGCUGCUAUUGACUCCAAAAGCCUCCAUGCUGUGACUACGAUGACAAAGCAACAGGGAAUGAGUCGGUUUCCUAUCACAGAUCUGUUCAAAAACAGUGAAGACUUUGAACUUGAUAUGGACUUUACAACAUGUCAAACUAGGGUCAUUGAAGCAAAGGAUCUCGAUUUGGGGAAGCCCUCAUAUACUGUUACUGCUGGAGGAUCAGUAAGAGUAAUGGCUGACCACCAACGGGAUAAUGCAUUGAACCUGGUAAAGAUGGCCACUGAUAAUUUUGAGCUUGUUAACAUGGAAAUGACACAAAGCCAGACCGCUGCCAGUGUAAGCCUACAUGGAGUCGAGCCAUUGCAAAUGAGUCAAGAUAUUCUGAAAUCUAGCACAGAGUGGAAUAACCCAUCAGAAGACAAUGACAUGGAAUUUACAACCUGUGCCACUAGAGUCUUUGAAAUGAAAGAUGUCGAUGUACCUGCGAAACGUGGAAGUAUGGCUUUCAUGGCAGCGUUUACAAAAGCAUCUACGCAGAUCACCUUACAGAAUGAAUUUGGCGGGGAAAUGCCUGAGAGCCUUCAUUCAAAUACAUUAUUACACUCUGAGGAAGUCAUGGGUGGAGUGACCAGUAGGCGUGAAGGGUUUGAGCGUUAUAAUUCUGAGUCUGAGACUGUUGCAAUCGAUGCCAAAAACCUUAAUCCGGUCAAGUCUUUGGGGAACAAGCGAAAGAGUUUGGCUUUUGCGGCUACUUGCGGUAAAGUAGAUGAUGUUGCAGAGAAUGGCUAUUGCAAGGAUAAAAUCCAAACCAAUACUGAAACUGACUCGGAGAUGGAGUUCACCAGUUGUCAGACAAGACUAAUCGAGACCAAACAUCUUACUUUUGUGAAGCCAUCACUGAUUUUCCCUGGAGCCAACCAGGAAAAUGCCAGGCAAACCUUGUGUUCUGAGGAUGUGGAGUUGACUAGAAGUACAGGCAUUUCAAAUACACUGUUUCACAGGGGAAGGAAAAGUCUAGCUUUGUUCGACGAAAAAUCGCCUGGCAUGCAUGUUAAUGUGUUUAACAUGAGCUCAUCCGAAUCGGGGAAUCCAGAUGAGAUUGUCAUCGGAGGAAGCCACAGUGUUGCGAUUCAAUCAAAGGAUGUCCAUUGUCCAGAUGAUUCCUCUCAAAACGACUCAAAGGUGACUGGACCACCUGAAGGCUUGUCUCCCAAUCACUCUGAAAGUCGAGAAAACCUUGGUGACCAUCUUAAGAACAGAUCACAUGGAUUGACUGCUUUUGGAGGUAUGAAACUGGCCCAAAAUGGAACUAUUCCUAACUAUACCUCUACCUUUUCUAGAUCCAUGUUUUCAUUAGAUGGCAAAGUCACCAAAGUCUCUGACCUCAACGAUCAAUUGGAUGCAUCACAAAAUCAUGUGGAAUCUACACCACUUUUAGUGAAUAAGAACAGCCCUGGGAAUGCUAAUGCAUUUGGUGCAUCACCAGAAUCAGCAACAAUGCAAAAGAACAAUGGUUCUGACCUCAGCCAAGAAAACUGUUCUUUGUCAUGUGGAUUAGAAAGCGCCCCAUGCAUUACAGCUGCAGUUGAUGGAGUUGACGAUACCUCUUCUACCAAGUCUAGACGAAUGAGUUUGGCGGAUCUACGAUUUAAAAUAAGGCGCAUGAGCUGCCUGCUCAAUGAACCCACAGAGAGGAUAUCUGUGGACGUUUGCGAUGCACCCUUGUCUCAACCCAAAUCGGCCUCAGACGGAAUCUCUGAUAAAACCCCCUUGACUGCCCUACAACAUAAUCCUGAAACACAGACGACAGACAAUGCAGACUAUACACAACCAGAACAGUCCGCUGAAGAGCAACAACCCUGUGUAACUGCUCCUCUGAAGUUGAAUAGAAGAAGCCUCUUAUCCAGACUUAUUUUGCCCAAACGCCCACGCAGCAGUUGCAGGAUGCCUGGGAGAGAACACGAUUACGAAGUAGCCACACAUCAGGUGAGCAGCGGCAUGAGUGACAACAUCGUCGAUGAAGUUCUUCCUAACAUCAGCAGUGAAGAGGAUACGUCUAUGGUCAACGAGAAUCCACAAUCCACCAAUGAAGAUGAUAGUUCACUUCAUGGGCGAUACUUGCAAGGUACGUCGGAGGAAGUAGUAUGGGAACUGUCGCCUGGUCAUCCAAGUGACUCCCAGUGCGAGAAAACUUCACCAGUAGAUGGCGAAGACAUGAUGGCGGCAGAAAAAAGGAGGAGGAUCUCUUCGGAAAGCAACAUAGAAACGCCGAACCAGUCCCCAGAGAAAGGAAAGUGUAUUGGCACAUUACCUUUGACUCCAGCAGUCAUGGCCAAGGCUAAAGAUGUAUCUAACCGUAGCACAUCCCAGCUAAGAUCUGAAACAACAUUUGAAUCAACUUUCAAACAAAGCUUGUUUGAAUCCCAGCUUGAAGGCCAUAUGGACUAUACCAAUGAUUUCCAGAAGAACGUUGCGGAUGAAAGCAUAACGGUAUCUGAGUUCUUUCAACUCCUAAACAUCGAUUUUGUCAUUCACAAUCCUCGACAGAGCAUCCUUCCGGGCAAGCUUGCAUCCCAUCUGGGCCACACGACAGAGAACCUGCUGAAGAACCGGCACAUUCACCAUCCCAAGCAGAUGGUGUAUGAGGCUGAGCACAAGAACCUUGCAGAGAAGGUUGAGAGGUUAAAGGCUCGAAUGAAGGACCAAGCAAGACUUUUACACACUGUCAACCAACCUCUUUGGGAAGAGUUGAAAUGUUUUUCAGAGGAUGAACUGAAAAUAUUUGGUUUGAAGAUGAAGGAGAGAAGUUACUUUUUCCGGAAAAGAAGCAAGGCUCAGUCGCAUGAAAUGAAAGAGGCUCUAUAUUCAAAUCUCCUACAGGCUAAUCUGGAGGAACGGCAGAGGUUGCGAGGGAAGACGGAGGAAGCAGACGGGAUGCUGAAAAGUUUGGACGACUGCAUCCAGGAACUAGAAACAGAACUUGCAGCAGUUGAAGAAAACGGUUCAGGUGACGGCAAACUGACUUUGAAGUCAGGUCAACUAGGAUUGGAGAAAGUCACAAUAGAGAUUGCUGAUAAGGAAAGACAAAUGUGUGAAAUGGAAGUGCAGAAGAAGUGCAACGUGGACCAGGUGAAAAGGCUUCAAGUGGAGAUUCAGGAUUUGAAUGGCCAUUUCUCACUGCUGCACAGGCUGAAUGAGUGGAAGCUGGCAGAGAGAAGGGCCGACUAUGCCGUCUACUCCUUCCUCUAUGGAUCGCUGCUUUUAGAGGUGGUCUUUGAUACAGGCGCCGGUGAAGGACGCGAUGAGAGGAAUAUCUUGGACAUCAAUUUCAAGCUGGAAUUAGAUGAGGAGAAGUCGGAGUGCCAUGCCUGUCUUGUUCACACACUUGUGUCAGACUUCAUCAGCGGACAAAGCCACUGGGUGGGAAAAUAUCUUAGCAGUCGAUGCGUCCCUAAGCUGCUGCAUGACGUGGCCCUGGUGGUGAGCCGCCUCCGGCUGCUGGGCGAGGAGGUGCGGCUCCUGAGGACCUGGGGAUCCUUGAAGUUCAACAUCUCGGACAUCCGCUGUGUGGGCAAGCGCGUUCACAUCGUCUUCAGCAGCCUGGAGGCCAUGGCUGAGUUUGAGUUGUCACUGGCAGUCACGACGGCCUACCCCUGUUCUCCACUCCAAUUGCAGGACUUCAAAAAUCAUAUUGGAUCGACUAGCGUACGCCGCCUUGAAGAAAUUGUGUCAUCAGUAUCUCCAGACAAAAACUACCUGACCAGAAUUGUCAAGGCUAUUCAUGCUGCGGUGCAUUCAUGAAGCUCUACUGCUGGCCUGCUUCCACUCUGGUCAUGCUUCACUGUGGAAUUGUGCAGGUAACUAAAAUAGAUUAGAACAGGGGUCUUCAACGUUUUCCAGGCCAAGGACCCCCAAACUGAUGGUGGGAUGGAGCAGGGACCCCCUACUUAUAUAUUGUGUAAAAUUUUGUUUUCAUUAGUGCUGUCAGUUAAACGCGUUGUUAACGGCGUUAACACAAACCAAUUUUAACGGCGUUCAUUUUUUUUUCUUUGGCUUAAAACAAAGAAUCAGUAUCCUGACUGCUAUGUUCAAGGCAGUAUGUUUGUAUGUUCAUCGUUUAAUUGCUCUAUAGGCUUUUUUUUUUUAUCGUCCUGUUUUGAUCAGUAUAUGCCAAUGUUGUUAUCAAUAAAAAAACCUUUGCACAAGGCAAGCCGAUGCACUUCUCCAUGUUGAUAAGAGCAUUAAAAUGAGAGAAAUUAAUGGGACAAAGAAAUCAAGGGAUAUUUAGCAUAGAAAAUACAUUUGCGAUUAAUCGAGAUUGCUCGUGAUUAAUCGUGAGUUAACUAUGGCAUUAAUCGCGAUUAAAUAUUUUAAUGGCUUGACAUCACUAGUUUUUAUAUUAAACUGGUCCUAUAGUGCCAUGUAUAAAAUUGAUCUUGUUAUUUUGCAUUCAAUACUAAGAUAUUUAAAUAAUACACAGGUUAAUAUAUUCAUGUCUUUUUAAACAUGUGCAAGGUACAGUGAAUAAACAUAACAUAAUAAACUGAUACCUGCCAAGAUCAACAAUGUCUGCCAAUUGCAUGUAAUCAUGCAUAAAAGCAAUUCAAAUGGACAUUUUUAAAACAAAUGUGGAAACGAAAAUUUGUGAUGAUUGUUAGCGUCCUUCUUUGCACUCCGCGAGUAGUCCAGUAACUUAUCAACCACAGCGUGUCCGGUUGCUAAGCGACGUCAACAUCUUUGGUGGACUAUUUCUCUGCUGAUCGCUUAUUUUCCCGAUAAUGACUGGUGGUCUUAUUCUUUACAUUAUACCUUACAUAACGGCACUCUCUCUCCCAACAGUCUUCGCUGCGCAGUCUCAUCCAAAUACAAAUACAUAAAAAUGUCGCAGCCAGUCCAGAUGUGCGCGAGAGACGCUACGUGCUUACCACUUUUGUAAAUGGCCCAUAUAUAGUACAUUCGGAUCGCAUAGGAAUAGAUCUAUUCUGACUAGAAAUCCGAUCACAAGUGUCCAUGCAAACGCGGCUAGUGUGUUGGAUUCAUGUUGAUGUGUAUUUAAAGACAUUUCGAUUUGUGGAAAAAAUUGCGGGGGCAAUUAAAAUAAAAUCUCUAAUCAAUCAAAACGUUCGCGACCCCCCCCUGCAGUACCUCCGUGGACCCCCUGUUGGAGACUUCUGGAUUAGACUGUUAAUGUCUUGUAUGUAGCUUGUGAUUCAACUUCUUUACCUUCUCUCUUGUUAAUAUCUUUUUCUAUAAUAAAAGUUUUUCUCAGCUAUUAGAAAUAUCUGGUUUAUUUUUAACUUUACAAGGAAAUCGAUUACUUAAAACCUUUUUGUCUUAAAUAAUAAGAGAUGGCAGUCCCCACAAAUGAUUGGGAAGGCAUAGCAAAUUAUUAUCAAUGUUGCUCAUGUUUCCUAAAUAAACCUUGCAUCCGAGAAUGUGGUAGUUCUUUGCAUAAGCAUUACUUCAUAGGCUACAUAAAUCAUUUCUCAGCAAAUUCUUAAAUGUCAGACACUCAGACAUCCAUUCCGUAGCCUGAUUUGUGGACCUUCCCCAACUAAAUCGAAUGCAAGAAGGUUCCAAUUUAUAUCUGUAUCCAUGCAAUGUAUGGCCUGUCCUAUUAAUUGUGUUUUUUAAAUACUUUUCAUUAGUAUUGCUUGCUAAGCUUGUAUGCCCUUUAGGGGGCGCCAUAGUGUAAGUAUUUGAGUCAAAUGCUAUAUAAAACGUUUUACCAAUUAAAACAUUUGAUUGUAGCCUAUAUUUUUAGGAAAAUGUACCUAAAAUGGUUAUGAAUGGUUAAGUUGAUUAUCGGUAAAUAGUUAAUCCCCCACUCAUCUAUACAGCUAAAAGUAAAACAAUCGGGUUUUUUUGCACCUUGAUAAUUUCAGAGCCCUCAGUUGAAACUAUAAGGCUAAAU